AUGAUGGAUUUCUUGGGUACGGCAGCAGUGGAUUCCAGCAAGCUGCUUGACGUAAUCGUCGAUGUGAGAAUCGAAGAAGAAUCAGAGAUUGUUGUGAAGUUCAUCGGGAGGAGUGAUGCGACGGCGGUGUCCUCAACUUCUUCUGCUCUACGUCUUCAACCGAAAAAAGAGGCGUGGCUUAGCGGCGGGAACCGAGGAUAG